AUGGAAGGACCAGUGUUACAUGUUCUGGUUGUAGGAUUUCAUCACAAAAAGGGAUGUCAGGUUGAAUAUUCCUAUCCACCACUUAUUGAAGGCAAUUCAGUUGACAGCCAUGAGCUGCCAGAGGAAUGGAAACACCUACCUUCACUAGCACUGCCUGAUGGAGCCCACAAUUUCACUAAAGAUACUGUGUACUUUGUACUUCCUGGCAGGAAAGAUAAUCCCAGUACAGUGUAUGGUGUAUCUUGUUACAGACAAAUGGAUGCAAAAGAUUUGAUAAAUAGAACAGCUGAUGUUACCAGGAGUACAGUUCAGAAAAGUGUAUGUGUACUGAGCCGAUUGCCACUGUUUGGGCUCAUUAAGGCCAAGUUGGAGUUGAUAACUCAUGCCUACUUUGAUGAGCGUGACUUUAGCCAGGUUACCCUGCUUGAACAAACUUUAAACAAUCUGAAUUCUUCACUCACCCAGAGUCUUCUUGAGGGCACACAAGUAUUUCUUGGUCUUCCUGUUCGAGAGCUGGUGGCUUUGUACAAACACAAAAUUAUCAUCUUGUUUAAACUUCUCCUGCUUGAAAGACGGGUUCUGUUCUUUGGUUCACCGGUAGAAUCACUGUGCCAGACAGUUCUUGGAGUUUUGUCAUUAUUUCCAGGUAUGUUGGAAAGUGGUUUGAUGCAAGCAUGCAAUCAGUUAAAUGAAAAGAAACUUUCACCAACACUAGGAGUAGCAAGCUUUAACUCUGACCUGGAUGAAGAUGAACAGUUUUUAGAAGUACGCUAUCAUAGCUCCAGCCAAAAUUCUCCACUCUCUGAGGUCUUGUGUCACAUGCAUAAUUCUGAUCUUAGUCAUGAAACUGGUUCCGAUAAUUAUAAUGACUACACUUCUGUAAACAUAAAUUAUGAGGAGACAGCCAAGAGUUGUAUUAACACUAAAGAACCACCAGAGUCGCCUUCCAUACCCAGAGAUGAGUUAGUCACAUUUGCUCCAGAAAGUAAUGGCAAUGGGCCAUGGAGUGAAUGCCCUGAAAUUGGAAAUAAGGAACAGUUAACUAAUAUUCCAAAUGAUAAAUCAUUACAUUACCAGAAAACUAGGACUGAAAGCAGUAAUGCAGAUGAAAGUGACAAGCUAACGGUCCAUUCAGUUCCCAGAAAUAAAAAACUUUCUCUGCUUGAUACAAAGGCCUAUAACUACGUGGAAGAUAAAAAUCAUUCAUGUGAAAAUAGCUCCCCAGACCAUGCUGAUAAAAUUUUUUUUCAAAGUGAGAAAACUUCUGAUGAUUUAGACUUAGAUGCAAAACUUCAAGAAGGGACUGCUGUUGGAAGCAGUUACAUCAAUCACCAUGGAAGUCUCAUACUUCACACCACAAUACACAGGCUGAAUUCAGAUGAAAUUAUUGAAGAUCUGGACUCUCCAGAAAGUAUUAGCAAGAUCGACAAAGAAGACUGCUUCUCAUGGGAGCAGGAUCACCUGCAGCUGAGCAUUGACCAUGAGCAUGAUGAUACUGAAGUCAUCGACCUUGUCUCUUCAACAAGUGCUAGCCGUGAUUCUGAAGCCAUCAGUGACAAGGAGUCAGUUUCCUCAGACAGUACAGCCGCAAGUUCAACGCAGCCAGAAAAGUACAAACAUAAAACCCUAGUCAUGACAAGUGCAAAGAAUGAAUCCCCACCUAACUCUCCACAUUCGAAGGAGACAAGAUCAAAACUGUUUAAAAACAAACUUUCUGCUGCACUGAGUAAAGUUGGGCACAAGUCAAAGUUGGCAGAUCACAAAGAUGAGGUGACAUUAAAGCAGAAAGAAGAUACUUGCUUGCAGCAGGAUAACUUUGGAUAUCCUUUGGUCAUAUUUACACAGGGUGCUGUGUGUCAUCCUUAUCUGAGUCUUCAGUAUCAUGAUAUUCUGACAGACGUCAAUACAAGAAGCUUUGUCAUUGGAGCUACCAAUGUUUUGUUCAAACAGAGGCGUCAACUCAUUGAUGUUUUAGUUGAGGUUGGUGACGGCAAAUUAGACAUACGUGACAAAGAACUCCAGCGACAUCUCAGCUUAACCACAGCCGAUUUAAGGUUUGCUGAUUAUUUGGUCAAGAUUGUUACAGAAGAGAAAAUUGCCUAUUUAGAUGGAACAGAAUGGGAAGGCAGUGAUGAAUGGGUGAGAGCACAGUUUAAACAUUACCUCAAUUCCUUAUUUGCAACAGUCAUUGCAGACGAUACAAGAGCACUUGAUGAUUUCGGAUCAGCUUUUAUGUCGGCUUGGAAGACUACCCAUAAUUUCAGAUACUGGCAGGAGAGGGAACAUUCUGCAGUAACAGAAAACCCUUCAGGUCACCCAUUUCAAGGCAAUUUGAGCAUGGCUGAUGUUAGAGUAAGGUUUAACCACACAUUACAGAACAGUGAGCGGGGAAGGAAGAUAAAUGCUGCUGUUGUUCAGACAGGAAAAUAUGUAGUGCAGACUGGGAAAGUUGUGGGUGGUGCAAUUUCCUCAGCAAGGUCAGCAGUAAGCGGGUGGUUCAGUAGCUGGAGACAUACUGACAAAUCACCGGAGGAAACACAGGAACCAAUUGAAGAGAUCAUUGAGAAUACAGCUGCUAAUUAA